AUGAGAAGCCGCUGCACUGCAACAACAGACACAGUCUGUGCCCCCUGUCAAGAUGAAUACUUCAGUAGUGAGCACAACCACAAGUUCUGUCAGAGUUGUACAAUCUGCAAUACUAGAAAGGGGAGCGUGGAAGUGAAGAAGUGUGAGAAGACCUCUGACAGAAUUUGCAAGUGUGUGGCAGGAUAUAUGCCAGAUGCCAGAUACACACUGGGAAGUGUAUGCUCACCAUGUCCUGAAGGGUCUUACUCCAUAGGGGGAUAUGAAAAGUGUCAACCUUGGACCAACUGCAGCCUUCUUGGGAAAAAUACUCUUCGACUAGGGACAAAAACAGAAGAUGCUGUUUGCAGCAGCCACGUCACACAGCCAACUACUUCUCAGAGUACAACAUCUGCUUUGAACCUUUCCACCACACAUCACAAGAAUAAUACCUCAACUACAGCGUUCUCACCAUCCAGACCCAGCCUGAUUCCUUCCAUUUGUUCGGAUAUGAGCAGUCCCACAGAGACUAACUGGGGGUCUAUAUCACUUAUUUUUAUUUGUCUGAUACUGCUCAUGGUGAGUGGAAUGUCCAUCCUCCUGUUGAUUAUCCAAGCAGCCAGAAAGGAGACCAAGAGGAGGCCUUGUAGAAACAACCAUAAGGAAAACAGCUUUCGACUUCCUAUCCAGGAAGAACAAAUUGACUCCGAUUCUAGUCUCAUCAAAAACUGA